GCUUUAUCACUUGGCACACGAGCGCACGAACUCGCGCUGUCGCUUAAACAAUCUUUUAAAAGAGGCCAAACCAAAUCCUGGACAGUCACAGAGUUCACAACGAACAUCAACAGGAUUCAGAUCAACCAUCCAAGUUAUUCGGCUGUCCCUCCUCCGACCCCUUUUCCCUUCAUCUUUGCAAUUCUGAUUCCCGAAGUGGCUCCGAAGUGGUGUUACGGCUCCUCGUCCCCGGCGGAUCCGGAGAUUGGAGUCUCUGCACCGGGAGGAGGCGGAGUCGGAGCUCCGGCCCCAGCGCAAGCUCGUAAGAGCGGCCGCGUCAAAAGGAUGGUGCGGCUGGCGGCGGAACUGCUGCUGCUCCUGGGACUUCUCCUCCUUACCUUGCACAUCACGGUGCUGCGCAGCAGUCCGCUGCCGCAGGGGAACGUAAGUGUGAGCCUGGAUCAGGACACAGCACUUACUGAGCAGAACAACAUAAAUGUAAAAAGCAGCUCCUCUGCCCAGCUGGCUCCUGAAGACCGGAGGUCUGGUCCAGAACACCGCUUGGCCUUACCCUGGGCAAAAGGCGGCAAUGUACACAGAGACAACGCUGGCACGUUCAUCCUGGAUCUGCACAAUUUCCCUGACCUCUCCAAAGCCGAUAUCAAUGGACAGAAUCCUAACAUACAGGUGACAAUUGAAGUGGUUGAUGGACUGGAGGGCCAUGAACCAGAGAAAGGUCUCCGCAAAGAAAGCAAACCCAGCUGGGCUUCUCCCAAUUGGAGGAACUGGUGGCGUCGUACUUCAUCGCCAUCUUCCACAAGUCAGGACAGCGAGGACAGCAACUUCCUCCGGCCGUCGGCAGACUGGGACAGGAGAGGAGGCACUGACACAGGAAGCAAAGCGCAAGCCGAAUAUGACUUGGACAUGGAUGGAGAGGGGGACUGGAGUAGCUGGUCACUGUGCAGUGUGACCUGUGGAAAUGGCAACCAGAAAAGGACCAGAUCAUGUGGUUACGCCUGUACAGCCACAGAGUCCAGGACUUGUGAUAUGCCAAAUUGUCCAGGUUUUGAAGAUGCCUUCAAGACAGCAGCUACUGAGGUCAGCCUGUUAGCUGGAACAGAUGAGUUCAAUGCCACAGAACUCUUUGGUGUUGACACGGACAGUUGUGAGCGAUGGAUGAACUGCAAGAGCGACUUCCUGAAGAAGUAUAUGACCAAGGUGGCAAAUGACCUCCCCAGCUGCCCUUGCUCUUACCCAACUGAGGUGGCAUAUAGCACAGCGGACGUACAUGACGCUCUGACACGCAGAGAUUUCCGUUGGAAAGAUGCCAGUGGGCCAAAGGAGAAACUUGAGAUCUACAAGCCCACGGCCCGUUACUGCAUCCGCUCCAUGCUGACGCUGGAAUCCACGACGCUGGCCGCGCAGCACUGCUGCUACGACGACAACAUGAAGCUCAUAACUCGUGGCAAAGGGGCUGGUACGCCCAACCUAAUCAGCACAGAGUUCUCAGCUGACUUGCACUAUAAAGUGGACAUCCUGCCCUGGAUCGUCUGCAAAGGAGACUGGAGCCGCUACAACCAGGCCCGGCCGCCAAACAAUGGACAGAAGUGUCCCGACAACCCUCCGGAUGAGGACUACUACAAACAGUUUGAAGAAGCGAGGGAAUUCUAGCUCAGUGUAGCGUGGAAGGAAAGCGGCACACUGCUUCCAUUUUCAGCUCAGCCUCAAAAAUGGUGCUGAAACCUUUCUUUUACAUUGUGUCUUAGGUCAAAUAAAACUUUUAGGCUCUGAGGUGCAUGACUUUAAUGCUCUUUUGAAGCAAGAGGAACAAAAACCCAGCAGAGUCGAAACUCUCACUUCACCACAAGGAACUUUUCUUGACUUAUCCUUCCAAACGGGCACAAAUGUUUGCUUUGUUUAAACUUUUGUUUUCCUUAGGUAUGCGUCUGAAAUGUUCCCCAGUAACUGUGUUGCCACUUAUAUCUCAUAUUUGGUCUCUAAAGGGAGAAUUCACUUUGUAUUUUUUUUAAAAGGGAAACAUAUCAGUCUAGGACUGUCUCGUUUAGAUUGCCUUUGUUCAUCCCCCUAGAUCGCAGAUGUUUGAUGAAUCCGAGAGGUGUGCGAUAAUGCAAGACUGAGAUUCCUCAGGAGUGUGUUGGGGUGGGGAGGGUGAGGGGUGAGCCGGGACAGAGGACACAGUACAUUACUUAUCCCCCCUCUUGUGAGUAUGUUUAUUUAGCAUGCACAUUCUCAACAACCAUGUCCCUUGUGCCUCGUUGUAAAAAAAAAAAAAAGCGCCUGCAUUAUUUUUGUAAAGUAUUUAUUAAGCUGUAGCUGUGUCUGAGUUGGGUGUCUAUGUCUGUGAUUUUUUUUUUUUUAUUCACAUACUGUAUGGCUCAAUGCUAACUUGAGAUCCCUCACCCGUUCAAAGGUUUACCAUCAAUGUGCAUUCUCCCGUCUCAAGUUAGGAUUCAACCAUGGGAGACCGUAAAGAAUGUGUGAAUUCAACUGUAUGGAAAGAUUUUCAAAAUAUAAAUCUAUAAAUAAAUUUUUUAAAAAUG